AUGGACGCGAAGCCCCAGCGCCCAUUGCGCGCUGCAGUACCCGUUUCCGGUAACGAAAACACCGUCCCCUCCAAACAGUCUGUCCAUCACCACAGCAAGUCGGUCGGCAACCUCAAGGCAAUGGCGUCGACCGGCGCGCUCAAUGCGCCACCGAAGCGAACGGCCUUUGGCGACGUGAGCAACACGGCUAGAAUCCGUGUUGGCGAUCCCAUUGGUAAGGCUGCCAACAAGGAACCCAGCAAGACUCGCGCCAAGCCGGCGACGAAGGCGGUUAACGCCCGCGGCACUCGACUUGGGGACAAGGAAAAUACGAAGGGCGGCAUCAAAGAAGGCCGGGCUAGAACAGCUGUCGCGCCCAAAGGGACCGGCCACAGUUCCAAGUUUCAGCAGAGCGCCCCCCCUCAAGCGGCAAACCCUGGGCCGCGCGUUGGUUUGCCCGUUCAGCAGCACGCUGGUGCUUCACUGGCCCAACCUGCCCUGCGGACCGGCGCCUCGAAGAAGGCAGUCAGCAUCUUCAAAGACCCACGGGAGGAAAUUGCGAACAUUCGUCCUGAAGUGGCAUCUCUGAUCGAUGACAUCGCCGAUCUGGUGAAGAAACCGGCUAAGGACCCGCGCCAGCACAAGAGCCAGCCAUCGCUCCGGAUCGAACAUCAGAGUAACCGACAACAUGCCAAGUUCCUCGCCCAGCCUGACAAUGUGACUGAUGUUGAGGAGGAAGACGACAUUGACGACAAUGUGACCGAAGCGGCUUAUGAAGACGCUGUCGAACAGAUGCCCCAAGGCGCCGGAAAUGGUGUUCGCAGCGCGCUGGCCGCGAUGGAGCAAGCGAACUGUAGGACUCUGUACCGCGACGAGCAAGACGCGGUUGCGCAAUCGAAAGCACUUCCCGACUUACCUUUGGCGGCAGACUUGGAGGAGUAUUGGGAUGACGAGGAAGAGCAGGAGCUCUAUGACGAACAGGGUUAUACUACAGCGCACUCGUACCGGUCGCACGGCGAUAACACGACUAGCGGCACCACAACUUUGCUGGCGCCACAUGCGACGGCCAGCGACGAAGAAGAAUUCGACAUGGCGAAGGCGUAUGUUGUGGACCAUCAGACCGAGGAGGAGAUUGAGGAAGAAGCGUGGGACGUGAGUAUGGUUGCCGAGUACGGUGAUGAAAUUUUUACGUAUAUGCGGGACCUCGAGGCACGAAUGCUUCCAAACGCCCAUUAUAUGGACGAUCAAACCGAGAUACAGUGGUCAAUGCGCUCGGUGCUUAUGGACUGGCUCGUUCAGGUUCACCACCGAUUUUGCCUUCUUCCGGAAACCCUUUUUCUUACCGUCAACUACAUUGAUCGCUUCCUCUCCGUCAAGGUUGUCUCCUUGGGAAAGCUCCAGCUCGUUGGUGCCACGGCUCUUUUUGUGGCAGCCAAGUAUGAAGAGAUCAACUGUCCGUCGGUUCAGGAGAUCGUCUACAUGGUGGAUUCGGGCUACAGCGUUGAUGAAAUUCUCAAAGCUGAGCGUUUUAUGCUGAGCAUGUUGCACUUUGAACUUGGGUGGCCCGGUCCGAUGAGCUUCCUUCGCCGGAUCAGCAAAGCGGAUGACUACGAUUUGGAGACCCGGACUCUGGCCAAAUACUUUCUGGAGAUUACCAUCAUGGACGAGCGCUUCGUUAGCAGCCCUCCCAGCUUUCUUGCGGCUGGCGCUCACUGCAUCUCUCGCCUGUUCUUGGGCAAAGGAGAUUGGACGCUCGCCCAUGUCCAUUACUCCGGCUACACUCUUUGCCAAUUGAAGCCGCUCAUCAAGAUGCUUUUUGAGUGCUGUCAAGAUCCGCGGAAGCACCACGGCGCCGUCUAUGACAAGUACUCAACGCCCAAAUACAAGCAAUCAUCGACAUUCGUUGAAAGCAAGAUUGCAAACGGGCUCGCGUUAUCCCAACUGCGAUGUUGA